UGCUGCUGUUUACUUCCGGGUUUCUUCUUCUACGGUCUACGUCACGUCUGGUCGCCUCUACCGCCACCUGGAGGAGAAGAAGAAGACGGUCAGAGGCCUUCCUGGAUGGAUCAUGUUUGAUGUUUACAACCUUGCAGGUCGAUUCGCGGUACGCGACAUGAAGCAGACGGUGGCGGUCGGCGUGGCGAGCGUCUCAAAGGUCGAGCUGAUGUCACUUUCUGUCAGACGACCAGCUGUCAAUCAAAGAAAUCAGUCCAUCAUGAAUAAAACCUCAUGAGACCGGGAGGCGUGUUUUUAUUGGUCGCUCUGCUGCAGGUGCUUCAUCAAACACCUGUCAGGGGGAGUUGGUAACCGUGGUAACCUGCAUCUCACAGCCGGCUGCUGGUCACUGUUUGUGUUUAAUAACAGAAGAAGAAGAGCAAUAUGAACAGGAAAUGUAUAUCAGGUCACAUGACCAGGAUGUUUUUUCCUGUUCUGACAAGACAGGAAGCUGAGUGUGCGUGCGUGUGUUUGUGCGGUUGCAGCUUGUCAUGCAACCUGCUCGCUGUGAACACGCCGCUCUGAACACGCUGUCACGCCAUGUGGCAGAGUCCUGUUUCGAUGCUGUCACGCACACAGCCUCGUUUCCAUCACUUAGGAGGACGUUACACUGACCUGACCUCAGCUGGAACCGAACCGACCUUAAAGGCUUUUAACAGUUUUUCUUUCUCAGUACAGGCGGACAGGUGUUACGGUCCGGUUGGCUGCAGGCGGACAGGUGUUACGGUCCGUCAGGUGGACAGGUGUUACGGUCCGGUUGGCUGCAGGCGGACAGGUGUUACGGUCCGUCAGGUGGACAGGUGUUACGGUCCGGUUGGCUUCAGGCGGACAGGUGUUACGGUCCGUCAGGUGGACAGGUGUUACGGUCCGGUUGGCUUCAGGCAGACAGGUGUUACAGUCCGGUUGGCUUCAGGCAGACAGGUGUUACGGUCUGGUUGGCUGCAGGUGGACAGGUGUUACGGUCUGGUUGGCUGCAGGUGGACAGGUGUUACGGUCCGUCAGGCGGACAGGUGUUACGGUCCGUCAGGUGGACAGGUGUUACGGUCCGGUUGGCUGCAGGCGGACAGGUGUUACGGUCCGUCAGGUGGACAGGUGUUACGGUCCGGUUGGCUUCAGGCGGACAGGUGUUACGGUCCGUCAGGUGGACAGGUGUUACGGUCCGGUUGGCUUCAGGCAGACAGGUGUUACGGUCUGGUUGGCUGCAGGUGGACAGGUGUUACGGUCUGGUUGGCUGCAGGUGGACAGGUGUUACGGUCCGUCAGGCAGACAGGUGUUACAGUCCGGUUGGCUUCAGGCAGACAGGUGUUACGGUCCGGUUGGCUGCAGGCGGACAGGUGUUACGGUCUGGUUGGCUGCAGGUGGACAGGUGUUACGGUCCGUCAGGUGGACAGGUGUUACGGUCCGGUUGGCUUCAGGCAGACAGGUGUUACGGUCCGGUUGGCUGCAGGCGGACAGGUGUUACGGUCCGGUUGGCUGCAGGUGGACAGGUGUUACGGUCCGUCAGGUGGACAGGUGUUACGGUCCGGUUGGCUGCAGGUGGACAGGUGUUACGGUCCGUCAGGUGGACAGGUGUUACGGUCCGGUUGGCUGCAGGUGGACAGGUGUUACGGUCCGUCAGGUGGACAGGUGUUACGGUCCGGUUGGCUGCAGGUGGACAGGUCUGAAAAUAUACUUUAGUUAAUAUGAAGCUUACUGAUACUGUGGUACUUUCACUAGUAAAGGAUCCGAGUACUUCUUCCAACACACACACACACACACACACACACACACAGUGUAAAACACACACA